GCGGGCGGUACCAUAGAGUCGCCGGCGCCCUUCCGUCGUGCUGGCGGCCAUGGAGGAGGACUACGAGGCGGUGCUGUGCGUGAAGCCGGCCGUGCACGUCUACCGAGUGCCGCCGAGGGCCUCCAACCGCGGCUACAGAGCUGCGGAGUGGCAGCUUGACCAGCCAGCAUGGAGCGGCAGGCUGCGCAUCACCGCCAAGGGCAAGACUGCCUUCAUCAAGCUGGAGGACAAAACCUCAGGAGAGCUUUUUGCCCAGGCCCCCGUGGAGCAGUUCCCUGGCAUUGCUGUGGAGAGUGUGACAGACUCCAGCAGAUACUUCGUCAUCCGGAUCGAGGAUGGCAACGGCCGCCGUGCUUUCAUUGGAGUUGGAUUUGUGGAUCGAGGGGAUGCUUUUGACUUCAACGUCGCUCUCCAGGACCAUUUCAAGUGGGUGAGGCAACAGAACGAGCUGGCCAAGCAGGCUGAAAACCCUGACCAGGCACCCAAACUGGACCUGGGCUUCAAGGAGGGGCAGACCAUCAAGCUUAACAUCGCGAAUAUGAAGAAAAAGGAAGGAGCAGCAGGGAACACCAGACCACGUUCUGCAGGCCCUGGGGGGCUGAGCUUGCUCCCACCACCUCCAGGAGGAAAAUCUUCCGUGCCAACUCUUCCUUCUGGGGAGCAGCCACCAUCUUCACUUCCCCCACCUACCCGGCUCCCUGGUACCCCCAUCACAGACUCCCUGCUGUCCUGGCCACAGCCCGCUGCUGCUCCCUCUGCCCCUGCCACCGACGUUUGGGGUGACUUCACCAAAGCUUCAGGGUCAGAUUCUAACCAGGCACAGGCAAAUGCAGGCUGGGUGCAGUUCUGAGCCAGCUCCUCACAGGCACUGGAGGAAGAUUGUGCCAAUUUCUGCAGGACCAAAGCAGCAGUGGGAAGUGCUCCUGCUGCUUAAGGACGCCUCACUCGUCACUUAUGGUGGCAUUGUACCCCCCUGGCCCCCUCUGACAAGAAACAAGACCCCAAAAUCUGAUGCUGGAGUAGAAAAGCAGAAAUUGGUGCUGGUUGACCAAUGAACACGUGCCUUACCAAAUUCCACGCCAGCACCCUCAGAGCUGGGGGCCUUUUCUGGGUAUUUUGUGCCUGGAUCACUGCAAACCGUCGAGGCUUCAGUGACCUUUCUUGUGUCUUCUUUCCUUCCUUUCUUACUGCACUAGCAGGGCUGCAAAAAUGUGGCAGCUUCAUGGCACCCCAUGUCCCCUUGGUGACGUGAGAGUGCUCAGGGCACUGAUAGAGGACUCAGCUGGCAGCUCUUUUGCUGCCCAAUUUGGGCAUUUUUCUCUCAAUUCUGAUGCAAUAGAGGUGGGUUGAGGUGUGCAGCACAGAGCUGCCCCUGGCACCAUCUCCACUUUCUCCUCAUGCAUUUGGGCCACUGAAACCUUUCAGUCUGGCAGACGGGGGGGAGCAUCCUCCUGGAGACUUCUUGUGUGCAAGGCCUUGUUUUGUCUGCUGCUGACAAUGUGCUUCCAAGGUGCUGAGCAUCACCCCUGAUAUUUCCAGCACUCCCUGCAGUGUGGGGGGUGGGGAACACGACUGCUGUGUGCAGCUAAAUGUGAGCACAGUGCUGGAGUUCCUGUUUUCCUGCUCCAGUAAGGUUGGUUUUUGGUGUUUUUUUUCCCCCUCUAUUUCCAAGAGAGAUUUGUAUUCGUUUUGCAGAGACUUUAUUAUUGGAAUAUAUGCAAUGAAAGACAAACUUGGUCUCUUGAACCGAGCUGGGGUUGAGAUUCCUCUUUGAAAAAGCUCCCAAGUAUUUUCUUACCUAUUUAUAUUAUGGUGAAGGCCUUUCACAGUACAGAGUUGUGCUAUUUUUUCAGUGUUUCAGACUCAAUUAUUAUUUCCAUUCUCAACUGGACGGGUGAGCAUUUCCAUUGCAGAGCUUUCGCUUUGCCCUGGCAGCUCGCAGGGCCGGGUGAGAGAUGCCACACUUCCAAGGGAACAAUAAAAUCAUUUUGAUGCCA